AUGAGCGCAUGGAGGGAUGCUCUUCAAAAGUGUGUCUGCUUCCUUAACCCAAACCCGCCUGAUUUUACCGGUGCUUUGUUGAGUCUUCUGGAAGACUUAGAGCAAAUUCAAGACCAAUUGAACAGCAUUUGCAACAAGGUGGAGACUCAAGUAAAUCAGUUUAACUCGGAAGCAUCUCCAGACCUGAUGACUCGGCACCCCGAAACCGAUGGCGUACCGUUAGCCUCGAAGGUCCGGUCAGAAUGUGAAGAUGGAGAUGGUCAAGAACUGCUUUCAAGCAAUGAGCAAACAUUUGAGUCGGACAGUGUUACGUGUCGUGAUGAAGCAGAGGGUCAGGAGGUCAAAGGUAAUGAUGGCAACAACAUCUCAGACGGCGUCUCAGAGAAGAAAGAAUGGAUCAGGAUCGGACAACCAGACAUAGCAGGCGCAUGCUUCAUCAGAGCACCUUUGAGUUCCGCUGAAGCUGUGCGCUGCGAGGCGGCCGAUGCCAUGAGUUGCCUCAUGGUGACCGGCGCCGAGGAGCUGCUGAGCCGGGUGAUUCGGCUCCGAGCCGAAAGCCACGACGAUGACCUCCGCUUCCCUCUGACUUUAGCGUUGUCUUUCCGGGCGCGUUACCGUGGCAGCUACAGAACCAUAACUGUCAAGGUGGUGGAUGCCGAGGGGAGGGCCAGCUACCUUCUACCUGCUACGACGAAGGACACGUAUGGUGGGAAGAGGGGCUCCUUCGCAGAGGUUAAGGUAUACUCCCUUGGCUUGUUCGCGGUGGUUUCCUGUCUCAAACAGGAACAUUUCACAGUUCCUCGACGAGGCGUGUCAUAUAAAGUUCCCACGGACCCUCGUAUCUGCCUCAACUACCUCCCUGGAGCCUUUGCUGCUCCUGUAAUGGUGCAGUACACGAUCCAACCUCUCGACGCCGUUCUCCUGGCUUCCGUCAAGUCAAAAAGCGAGGCCUAUCGCCGCGUGGUGUCCACCAGCCCAAUACUCUACCUCACGCACCCGUCCUCGCAGACACUUCAAAGACCCUUGACCGUCACACUUCCCUGUCCGCCAAAUCCUGGCAAGCGGAAAGACACGAGGGGACAAGCGGAGGAAAAGCAGCGCUGCCUUCCUCAACUUGGCGCUGCUCCUUCAGCGUUGGAUUGGAUGCCGGUUCCCUGCACACAGUCUGCCAAGGAGAACCCUACGGAGCUUCUGAGUGUAGUGACCUCCAGGGACAGACAGUGGAGCUUUCUGGAAGACGUCCCGAUUCGGAAUCAUCAAAACGGCUUGGUGUCUUUUGAAAUUGCAGAGAGCUUUGACAGUUUCCUUGUGGUUCGGCUGUUGUCCCCGUUGCAAGCUUUCCAGCUCACCUCCCUGGCGGAGGACUUGGUGGAGACAGCCCGGCACCACCUGGUCACCGUGGUAAUUUGGCGGCUGCCGGACGAACCCCGCGCCAUCCUGGUGACCGCCCUGCCUAGCGGGGAGCUCAGCUGGGAACUUUCCCGACAGCGAGCAAAGGGCAACGGUGCGCCCCUGCAGACGUCUGCUGAGAUUUACAUGCAGGAGGGGGACCAGCUUCUCCUCCAUCUUUGUGGAAACAUCUCCUGCGCAGCAGGAACUCAGAAGAACCAUCGCAUCACUUUUCACAGUCAACGCAAGAAUGAGCUGCUUUUGCAUCUGACGGAAGUGGACCCCUUUGGUAACUACAGUUCCCCUCACUACAAGGGUGUCGUCGACUUCUAUAAGGUCAGCAGAGAUCAAGUGGAGUGGCAAGGGGACACGCCGGUCCGCGUGGAAGUAAAAAACCUAGGGAACCCCGUGUGCACGCUACCCUUGACUUUGCCAAAGCGAGUGAAACCAGCCGUGACACCGAAGACUAAGCUUUCUGAGCGGAUGGAGUCCACCUCAGAACCGCCGCUCGUCUGGCUAUCUGGCGAGCUUUCGGAAGACGAGUUGGCCCCCUUGGCGCUUUCGCUACAUCUUCGCCGCAGCGCCGCCCAACUGGUGAAACUGCGAGCUGGGGACAGUUUGCCGGACCGAGCUUUGGGCCUCUUGACCGUAUGGAAGAGGGAGCUGCCCGCCUCACAGAUGCAGCCCAAAAUUUCCCAGUUGGCGCGUUGCCUGGCCAGGAUCGGCCGGCCGGAUCUGGCCAGAGAGCUGCUGCUGCGCCAGGCCCGAGGAACGCGACCGUUGGACGUUGAAUGA